UCAUGUUCAAGAAGAUGCAGAUUUCAUCCACAUGGAUAGCCUGGACAAUACUUUCAAUUGCUGGCCAUACUCAGUAUUUCGCAAAGACCAAAUCAAUAUGAACAAGGCCAUGACUUAAUCUAGUUCGUUCAAUUAUUCAUCACAUGUCAAUUAGUCAUACUUCAGGUUCCUUGCCCUUUAGGUCAUAGGCCGAUCUUUGUUUUACCCCUGAUCCAAGCUUUAGCCACAGCAGAUCUAGUCAAGACAACCAUGCUACACGAUCGCAUCGCGCAUCAUGUUUGGUUUUCCAAAAGCAGACUGUUGCGAAGAUGGACGUGACUAGUGGAGAAUUAUUAGUGAAAUUCAUUCAUCAUAAGUGCACAACAAUCCUCAACCAACUUUUCCUUUAAUACGAGAUGGACAUCGCUUGAUUUCCAUAUCUUUUCGCAGACGAUUUUUUCUUUGCUUGUGCUUUUGCCGGGAAGUUAUGGUGACUGGACCUUUACUACAUUUAUUUAAUCAUGGGUUAUGUUGAACAUAUACCACAGCAGCGCGUCUGGACGCGAAAUCUUUUCGUAAUUUUUGCUUCUAUAUUACUUUUCUUUAAUACUAUAUUAUUAUUACCAUGGGGAAUAUACCAUGUUCAGUCAUUUCUACAUACCGAUAACCACCCUAUCUCACAGUUUUCUUCCACCAUUGCUUCUCUCGAAGCUGUAGAUAUUGGACAAUUGCAGGCAGGGGGAGACAUUGCAACAGUUCUCAAGACAGCAGCUGAUAUCUUGGGCUCUGUAAGCGCUCAACAUCACCUUGCUUCCCUACAGGCACUCAGCAAUGAUUUGCAUAAGUUAGCUGGGGAUACACAGCAAGCACGCAGUGGAAGCAGUGGAAGCAAUUUGCGAUCUAGAGGAGUUUUUGAGGAUUUUGCUUCGGCUUUCACAGGUGGAGCAGGAAAAAAAGGUAAGGCAGCAGGUGCUGGUGGGGCCACGGGAGGAGGUGGAUUCACGGGAAUUAUUGAGUCGCUUGGAGAGAAAGUUCUUGGUAUUACUGCCGAUUCGCUGGCCACGCCGGCGCAGUUUCUUGGUGAUGGUGUCGGAAGGGGUGUUACCAGUGGUCUCAAGAUCAACAAUGGAGUUAAACAGACUUCGACUCAAAAGCCAUCUGGCAUAAACGCUAUUGCCGACAAUCUUGGAUUUGGGUAAGCAAACUCUCGACCAAAAUAUGUGAACGUCGUCACAUUUCAUGGUCUCUUUUACUGACUUUGGUGUUACAGCGUUUCCAAUGCUCUUGCAGGAAGUCUAGACACUUCAUCAUUUACUCAGGGUGCAGGAGCAGCUUCUGCCGCUCUCGGAACAGGUCUAGGAGGAGGAACGGCCAGUGGUUUGGGGCUCAACAAAUCAGCCGUCGCUGCUCCAAAUGGAACUGGUAUUCCUUUGAUUAUUGGUAACCUCGGAAGUGGCCUUACUCAAUCUCUUUUCUCAAACAUUGAUAUGUCGAAAAUAAUGGGUAAUUUACCCACUGGCAUGCUACAAUCUGCUGUUAUUAAUGCUGGAAAAGGUAUGUUUGUCUCUAUCAUAUGGUAAAUUGAUGCUAAUAGUAUUACAGGUUUGGGAGAGGGUGCUGCACAAGGUCUUAAUUUACCUAUGAACGCAGCAACUACCAUGAAAAUGGAGAUGAAAAGGGCUGCUGAAGCUGCUGCCGCAAAAACUAAUACCACAGGCUCCGGGCUCAAUAUUGACAUGGUUGCAUAUGGGUUCACCAAGUCACUGUCAAGUUCAUUCCUUGGCGCAGUAGAUGUUCAAAAAUUAGCAUCACAAGCCAUGUCCGGAUCCAAUCUUACCAGUAUGGUUGGCCCUGUCCUUGUUGGAGCCGGCUCCGGAUUGGGUGCUGGUGCUGCACAAGGACUUGGUCUCUCAAAUGCAGCCGUUGCUCCCACCACUGGAGCCGAUACUGCAGGUCCAGAAGUGGCGCAUAACUUUGCCUACACACUUACCACCACUUUCCUCGCUAAUGGAACUCUGCAAAGCUUACAGACCAAACUCAUGAGUAUCAUGUCCAUGACCAAUAUUUCUGGUAUGCUAGGCCCGGCAGCUCUGGGAGCUGGAAGUGGUAUUGGACAGGGUGCUGCCGUGGGGCUUGGACUGCAAGAUCCUCCAACCGCGCAGAGUUCAAUGGAUGGAGGUAUCGCUAUGACCGCAAGAGAUUUCUCAUAUGGUCUCACAAGUAACUUCCUUGCAAAUGGCACGGUUGCGCGUCUUCAGGCUAAAGCAACAUCUCUUCUAGGUGGAGGUUUAAACUCCUCCGCCGGAGGAUUAAUGUCAACCUUGCAAGGUGUAUCUGUUUCCAAGGCAGCCGAAGGACUCGCAAGAGGUCUUGUUGAUGGUGCCGGUCAAAGUAUUUCCACCAUGGGAGGUUUCCAAGCAAUUCUCAAUGGAGCCAAUUCAACCCAAGCUAUGAUGCAAGCAGCAACACCGAUUUUCAAAACGAAUGAUUUCAAUGAUACGACAGGAGGAGUGGCAACUUCUUUUGGUCAGGGUUUGGGUGGUCAGGGUGUUGCUUUGAUUGCACAAAUGUUGGGGAUGAGUAUGUCCAUGCCUGGAAAAGUAUCAGAAGCCCCAGCACCAAUAUCCUCCCCAGAUGCUCCAGCAGGCAACUUCUCCUCUCCAGCUAUGCGCGCACGCUCCUAUAGACCCUCCUCUAUUAUCCGCCGAACUGUACCUGUCGCACCCACACUCCCUAAACUCAAACUCGACAAAAGAGUGGAUGCCAACACUAACCUCAAUAUUUCCGAUAUCACGUCUGGACUCAUUAGUGGCGUAAACACAACAUCCCUUAAUACAGUUCUUCAAAAAGGUGUUGAUACUCUUACAUGUCAGGGUGUUGGGGGCCUUGUACAAAUCUUCUCAGGUUUAGUAGCUGGCGGGACUAUUCCCUCGACCUUCGCUUCCGGAGGAACUUCCAUCAUGUUACCUAAUACGGUUUUCACAAUCACGAACGAGGGUAACGAGUUUAAGGUUAAUCCCGCGACGAAGGAUAUUGAGGUUAAUGGGGUUCCGCUUACUAAGUUGGUGAUUUUAAUUGUGGCGCAUGGUACGGUUUUUUAUUUCUUCCUCCGUCUUCUCUUCAUUCUCACCCAUAAUGUAUAAACAAAUUUACUAACCCCCAACACAGCUCUCCUAUUAGUCCUCGUCUACUUCAUCGCCAUCCCCUUCGCACUCCUCCUCUCCUCCGGCAACGAAAUAGCAACCAUGCUCGGACGUCCCCACAUCUGGGCCUCCGCCCCCAAAACCCGUUUCUACAUCUGGGUAUUCGCCGUUCUACCCCUCUCCCUUGGUGGACUCAUCUUCGGCAUUCUCCUCCUCGGAUCCGCUCCACACGGAAACACAUUCCACGGUAUCAUCGGCUUCAUCACUAUCGCUCUCACAUUCGUAGCUUUCAUUCUCGAAAUGAAAUUCAACGAGAGUAUCAAAGCGCUGCAAUUAAUGAGGGGUAUCGUACUUACUGCUCUGCUAGGAGGCGCGAAUGUGGCUUUCGUGACGGGUCUUGUUGAUAUUCAGAGAAUUAGUUUGUGUACGGUUGAGCUUCCUGAUAUGGUUUUGAUUGGGGCUGCGAUGAAUGUUACGAGUUCGUUUACGACGGGUACGACGGUCGUGACGGUUAAGAUGUUUAUUCAGAAGUGGAUGAAAAGGGAGAUGAUGGGGGUUCCUUCUGGGAGUGCGCAGAAUAUGGAUGCGAAAUUUGGGGGGGAUGUUGAGAAGAGCGGAUUUGAGGAUGAGAAGGUCGGAUUUAGAGAUCGUAUUAGGAAUUUGGCGGGGAAGAAUGAUGUGUAGAAUAUGGUUGAUGAGUUGUGUUUAGGAUGAGGCUUUGAAUGAAUGGGUGGUGGGUGUAGGAUAGAACGAAGGAUGAUGGAAGGUGAAGAGACGGGUGAAUGGCUCAGGCUGUAUGGACAGACUGACGGACGCAUAAAUGCGCAAGAUCGGAUACCCCUUGGAAUUCGACUGGUCGACUUCUGUACUAUCUUUUAUUAAUAUGUAGAUCUCAGAUCUUACUUCAUGUAUUAUUACCAAAUUGGUAGCUUCCCAGUUCCAAAUGAGAAUAUUUAUAAGGACCACUAUCCUUGAUUAACUCCUCUUGAUUCUCAUCUCUCUUCUAUUCUCUAUAUCUAAUCAAAUCCCUUCAAAUCUUUUAUCUCUGGUUCAUGGUUCAUGGU